AUGGUCAAACUUCAUCUAUCCCUUGCUGCUGCCUUUGCAGCAUUUACGCUCACCACUGCGGAGAAAGCUCCCGGUGAUAUUAUUGAAAUGAAAAUGGCGACCACUGGACAAACGGAUCAGAUACGCAUUCUCACCAAACCCAGACCAGGCUACACCCCCGCGGCCGAUGCUCCAAGCGUUUGGAAUAUGAAGGAUGGCUGUGAGGAUGUGAGCUCAGUCGAUUUCAUCUUUUCUCCUGUGGAUGACGAAUCCAAGUGCUGCAAGCUUGAGUCGCUCGAUGGGUUCAACCUCUGGCCAGAACAACAAGGUUACACUAUCCCUGGCGGAGCCAACAUUGUUGCCCAAGAACAGUUCGCUCUCGACAAUGGUUGCUUCGAGAGAAACCGUGGAUCAGGUGGCUCGUACACCCUUCAAUCAGGCGAAACGUACAAUUCCUACAUGGCCCAAUUUUUGUCUCACGACCAAUCGACGGUAUUCUUUGACAAUGUUGUGGAGUUCCACAACCAAGACAUUGUUGCCAUUAUUCACGACACCGACAAACUGAAGGAAUCUGAUCAAUUAUUCGCGCUUGGGGGGCAAUCGACCUACAAAGAUGUUCGCGAUGAUGAAUGGAGGGGUUUUGAAGCCAACAGCCAUCGAUAUGAAUCCUUGCAUGUCAAUUGUCUUGCUCGACCAAGCCCUGGAUCUUGUCCCGUUACUCUAUCCACUGCCGUUAGCGAAGUUGCCGUAUCCAACGAAUCUUGCGAGGGUAGAGGUUGGGGCGACCCGCACAUGGUCACUUUCGACGGUCUUCGUUAUGAUGUGCAUGUGAAGGGUGAACUAAUCCUUGUGAAGUCAUUGGACUCUGCCUUUGAGAUCCAAGGUAGAACCGAAGCCGUCGAAAACCACAAUGCAAGACCUGCUGUCACUACCGGCAUCGUCGUCAACGAAGUCGGUGACAACCCAAGAAUCCAAGUCUCUUUGGCACGCGACGCCAGUGACACGUACACUGAAGUACUUCGUGCCAGCGGUUGCCGUGGAGAUCAUUGCAACUGUCCUGUUCAGCUCUUUGUGGACGGCGUUGCCCGACCAGUAUCGUCCGGAUCUGGCAAUACUAUGGCAUCUGUGGCAGUGACUGGCGGCAAUAGAAUCACUAUCCAGUACCCCGAAACAAAAGUCAAGGUUACGAUGGAUGUCAGAAACUGGAGACAAACUUGCCACUUUUCCGUAACCUACACUUUGGCCGACUGUCGACCAAACGAGAAUAUCGUUGGUCUGGUUGGAUCUCCAGACAACGAGUGGCGAAAUGACUGGAUGCAGCGCGAUGGAACUCCAAUUCCUAUUCCUCCUUCUUUGAAAAAGGGAGCUGGAUUCGAGCCAACUUAUAUCUACACUCGGGAUAACUGGUGCGUGGACAAGGAGUCCGACUCUUACUUCGAGUAUGAAGCCAACACCGAUUUUGCAUUCUUCGAUGAGUGCGACAACCCAUAUGAUCCUUCCUUGGAGCAAGCUGUUGCCAAUGCGGAUGCUGCAGUUAUUGAGGAAUGCCAAGGGGAUGUGUUUUGCAUUGUCGACAGCAUUGCUCUUGGUCCAGAGGCUGCGGAAGCGUAUCUUGAAGAUCCAGCUCUUAACCACACUCUUUCACAAACAGCUUCCACCGAUAUUGAAAUUGUUCUUCAAGUUCCUGAUGAGUCUCCCGAUCCCAACUGUCCCGUUUGCAAGGCAAGAGGUUGGGGCGAUCCGCACAUUAUUACUUUCGAUGGAGUUACUUACGACGUCCACGUCAAGGGCGAGCUAACCUUCCUCAAGAGUUUGAGCACCGAUUUUGCCAUCCAAGCACGGACACAGAUCGUCGCCAACCAUCCAAAGGGACCCGCUGUGACUACUGCAGUGGUUGUCCACGAGGACAGUACCUUGGGACUCCCUGUCGUUCAGGUUUCACUAGGCAAGGACGAGGACAGCGAGCUUGCAACUAUGAUUGGACCAUGUGCCGUGCAGCUUUUUGUAGAUGAGGAAGCCAAGGACAUUCGACUUGGAACUGGAUCUUCUGAUGUCACCGUGCAGGUCAAGAACAAGCGAAUUGUUGUCGAAUAUGCUUCGACCAACUUGCGGUUGGACAUGGAUGUGAAGGUGUGGCGCGACACUUGCCAUUUUUCUGUGAACUAUUUCUUGGCCGAUUGUCGCUGUGAUGAGACUUUGGUUGGGAUUCUCGGUCAGCCUGAUGGAGACAGCUACAACGAAUGGCACGAUCACACUGGCAAUGCUGUCGACAUUCCAUCCAACGGACGCAAGCGUCGCGGUAUUGAAGCAUACAACUAUUCUAUGACUUGGUGCAUUUCUGAGGAAGAUUCCCACUUCACCUACGAGUCUGGAAUGAAUCAUGGCACGUUCGACAAGUGUACCUCGGACAACUUUGAUUUGGACAUUGAUGAUCUGAUCGAAAAUGCUGAUACGGACACAAUUGACAAGUGUACCAUCGACGGUGUCUUGGAGGAAGGUUGCGUGUUAGAAUGUGAAUUUUUGGGCGACGAGGCAUGCGAUGAGUACAUUGUGAUUAUUCAAGAAACCGAGACAGUGGAAAUCACUGACGAACCGACCUCAGGUCCCACACCAGUACCUACUUCUGGGCCAACUCGAGUCCCUACCUCAGGUCCCACACCCGUUCCUACUUCCGGACCAACUCCCGUCCCAACCCCAGUACCUACUUCUGGACCAACUCCCGUGCCUACCUCGGGUCCCACUCCAGUGCCCACUUCUGGACCAACUCCGGUACCAACUUUGGAAGGAUCAAGCGGGCCAACUGUGGCAGCAUCAAGCUCUCCUACGACACUCCCAACUCCAGGUCCCACUUCAGGACCUACCUCUGGACCAACAAAGGAACCAACUCCAGUACCCACAUCUGGACCAACUCUGGUACCAACUUUGGAAGCAUCAAGCGGACCAACUGUGGCAGCAUCAAGCUCUCCUACGACACUCCCAACUCCAGGUCCCACUUCAGGACCUACCUCUGGACCAACAAAGGAACCAACUCCAGUACCCACAUCUGGACCAACUCUGGUACCAACUUCGGAAGCAUCAAGCGGACCAACCGUGACAGCAUCAAGCUCUCCUACGACACUUCCAACUCCAGGUCCCACUUCAGAGCCGACCUCUGGACCAACUCCCGUGCCUACAUCAGGUCCCACAUCUGUUCCAACAAGCGCACCCACAAAGCAAAGCCAGCUUGGAACUGCCGCCAGUGAUAUCACCACGCCGGAAACGAAUGUCACUAAUCCUGAUGAAAUUCUUGAAUCCGACUCUGGAAGCAGGGGUGACCCACACUUCAAAUCAUGGGUCGGAGAACACUUUGAGUAUCAUGGGCAAUGUGAUUUGGUCCUUGCUAAGGAUGCCAACUUUGCUGAUGGCCUUGGAUUGGAUGUACAGAUUCGCACCAAGCUUGUUCGCUUCUGGAGUUACAUCAAGAGAGCCGCCAUUCGAAUUGGCGAUGACAUCCUUGAAGUGGAAGGUUCAGGCGACAUGAGCGAGACAGAUCCUCUCUAUUGGUUCAAUUUUGUUCACCAGCGACCUGUACAGACAGUAGGCGGCUUUCCAGUUCAAAUCACCAAGGGAACCGGUCGCUCACACAGACACAAGUUUGAAAUUGACUUGAGCAGCAAGUACCCUGGCCAGAAGAUCGUCAUUGCGACGAUGAAGGAGUUCGUGCAGGUGGACUUUGUUAACGCCUCCGCCAAAGCUUUCGGCAAUGCUGUUGGUAUGUUGGGAGACUUCAAGACUGGAAAGACCUAUGCUCGUGACCAAACUACUGUUAUCAAUGAUUUUAUCGAACUCGGAAACGAAUGGCAGGUGUUGCCACAGGACAAUAUAUUGUUUCAAGAUGUGUCGGACCCCCAGUUCCCCAAGCGUUGCAUCCUUCCAGAAGAUCCGCGUGGAGACCGCCGCCGCCGUCUUGAAGAAUCGACUAUCACCAUGGAGGAGGCUGAAGCGGCAUGCUCCAAGGGUUUGAGCGAUCCUUUGGACAUCAAGGAUUGCGUAUAUGAUGUCUUGGCAACCCAAGAUAUGGAUAUGGUUGGGGCCUUCUAA